UGCAUGGCACUGCAGUUGCAUUAAGUUACCCGUUCUAGUCUCACCGGACACCGCCGCUGCUCGCGAGACGACGCGGACACGCGCUCUCUUCCAACCAUGAUAAUAAUAUUAUUAUUAUAAACAUUUUUCGUCACUUCAUUCGUUAGCUAUUUUAAUUUUUUUUUUUUUUUUUUGCUCGAUCGAAUCAUCAAAUCGCGCGUACACAGUAUUUUCUUCACGUACAUACAUAAUAGGUAUUAUUGUAACGUAAUUAUUAUUAUGUAAUAAUAUACGUCCGGGACACAUGCGAGUGGUGUAUAAUCGUCGUAAAUAAUCUUUACGUACGUAGCGUGUAAAAUUUUUGAAUUUGAACCGUUACCGACCGCGCGGACAUUACCCAUAUCACUACGCCCCGUCGCACCGUUAUAAUAUUAUUAAUACCUACCGCGGACAGCGACGACGCGUCGAACCAGCGCCGCCGCGUUUUUAAGGCGAGAGGUGCGCGGAAUAUCAUAUUAACAUUAUAAUUCGUUUUUGAACGUUGCGAUUAUUUUUGUUUUUGCGACGACGUCCGCCCAGUGACCGCGUCGUAUUUAUUAUCAUCGUCGCAGUCGGUCGCCGCGGUGUACGUGGCGGUCCCCCGGAAAGGAGCACAGGCCGAGGACCGGACCGCGUUGCUCGCGUACAGCCGGCGCCGGACGUACUGAUCGUCGUCGGCCGAGGCGCGCGCGGUACGCCGGGCCGCUAGUGGGGACCCGUCGCGCGGGAAAUCACGUGGCUCGCUGCCGGCGGAACACGUUUGUGCAGAAAUAUCGCGACGGCGGUGCGUGCGCGAGUACGUUCCGCGUUUUCGCCACCAUCGGUCCGGGCGAUAUCCGAACGGCGGCGGCGGCUUCGGCGGCUGUACGCGGCUAUGGUGAUUGUGGCGCCGCAGCUGUGUCGCACAUGAACGCAACGACUACGUCCGGCCGGAAGCGCGCCCGCGUCGCGACCGACCGCGCCGAAGCUGACGGAAGUACCCGCGAAACCGACAGAAUCCUCCACGCGAUAGUACCGCCGUCGCGUCAACGCGUUUCCGACCCGUAUCCCGAAAUGCCGGCCAGCAGACAUCAUCAUCACCACCACCAUCAGCAGCAGCAGCAGCAGCAGCAGCAACAGCAGCAGCAACAGCAACAACAGCAACAGCAGCAGCACGUUCAGGUCGUGACUUCCACGGCGGCGGCGGUGGUGCAGGCGGCGCAGCAGUCGGUCAAGGAAAAGCAGCGACUGUGCACAAACUGCAAGAACCACGGGCUGCGCAAGGUGUGGAAGAAGCACAAGCGGUACUGCAAGUACCGGGACUGCCCGUGCCCCAAGUGCAUGAAGACGGCGGCGACGCGCAAGAACUGCGCCGAGCAGACGGCCAAGCGACGGGCCCGGCAGGAGGACGAGCAGCGCGAACAGGAACUCCAGCUGAACCCGUCCAACUUCCUGGACGAGCGACCCAUACCGUAUCAGCCGGAAGCCACCACGCCCCAGUCGUGCAACAGACGGAACAUGAGCGAGUCUUCGCAGGUCGCCAGGUCGUCCACGCCCAAGGGUACGAUGUCGCCCCGGACGUCCGAUUUCGACGACCACGACAGUUCGUCCAUUGACAUCGUUAACGGCCGCGACGGCAUCCACGGCGACUGCAUGAUCGUGGAAAAGGACGAUAGCGUAGACGAUCGCGGUAGCCAUCUGAUGGACGACGUAGACAAAAAAGACAUCGACGCAGAUUCCAGACCCAGGAUUAUGAGUGACAAAAUCGAACACGUCAAGAGCAUACUGAAGGAAUUGGUCGGCCGCACCAAAGAUUUUCAAAACUUAAAUGCAUUCCGUCUGUUCGUUUUGCAACACAACACGUACGACGUGGACAAAGCGACCAUGUUAAUUAAACGAGCACACGAGGAGUUGAAGUUCUUGGACAUGAUCACGGAGAAGAGCGAAGCGAACGCCGCCGCCGCCGCGAUGCCGUCCGCCGAAUCGAAGACGGUCGUCGUCCUGCCCGCCCAUCAGCAACAGGUGCACCACGGCCGGCAGUCCGUCAACCGGCCGCCGACGUCGGCGCUCAUCGGACACCAUCACCAACACCAUCACCAGCCGCCACCGCCACCGCCGCCACCGCCGCCGCCGCCGCACCACCAGCCCGUCGUUCAGCAGCUCAACCAACAGCCGCCGCUGCACCACACCCGUUCCGGUAGCAGCCUGUCCGUGACCGCCGAUUACCGCGGUGCCGCCGUCGAACCGCCGCCGCCGCCGGUAAUCGUGUUGGAGCCCGGCGGCGGCGGUGGCGGCAGCGGCGGCGGAGGCGGAAGGCGGGCGACCGUCAACGGAAGCGUUUCCGGCGGUGGCGGCGUGAUAUGCGGCGGUGCCCAUCAGCCGCACGCCGCCGUCUGGCACCCGCGACCCAUCUACCCGUUCCCGUUGCCGCUGCCCAGCCCCGGCGCCCUGUGGCACCACGCGCAGCCCCAUUUCUCCACGCCCGGUUUUCCACCGUUUAUCGAGAACGAGUGGUCCAGACACUGUCGAUUGCCGAUGUUCAACCCGGAACUGCAACCGGAACCGGUGAACUUGCAGAACAACAACCACCACCAACGCCGACCGGAACCGGGCCGGGCGCUGGAGAUCGCGGGCAGGCUGCAGCAGGAGCGCGCGGCGCACAACCGUCCGGCGGCCGCGAACCCCCCCGCACAAGACGACCGGGAACAGACCAGACACCACGCCUAGCCGAGACGAGCGCAGUCGUAGUACACAAUAUUAUUAUACUAUUAUUACGAUACUACAUAUAUAUAAUAUUAUAAGUUCCAUAUUCUACGACGUCAUCACGGGACCGUUCAAAAAUACCUUAAAUAAUAAUGACAACAAUAAUCAUCGUCGUCGGACGACGAUCGCGGUGACUGUAAUAAUAAUAAUAAUAAUAAAAA